AGAUGGCGGCGUCCAGGUGCUGGAGGCUGGUGUCCCAUGGUCGGGGGCAGCCGCUGCACACCGCAGCUGCGGCGGCUCUGCAGACGCCCGGGUCCGAAGUGGCGCGGUACCCGCCGAUCGUGGCUUCCCUGACGGCCGACAGCAAGGCGGCCCGGCAGCGGCGGGUGGAGCGCUGGCAAGCCACAGCGCACGCAGCCGCGACCGUGGACGAGAGGCUGCGCAUCCUUACCAAGAUGCAGUUCAUGAAGUACGUGGUGUACCCGCAAACCUUCGCCCUGAACGCUGACCGCUGGUACCAGGGCUUCACCAAGACCGUGUUCCUGUCGGGGCUGCCGCCGCCGCCCGCCGCGCCCGAGCCUGCGCCCGCGCUGGACGUGGCCGCCCUGCGCUCCGCGGCUCGCCAUUGCCUGCUGCAGGAGCGCGUCCACCUGCCACGCCGGCCGCGGGCCCCGCGCGUCCAGCAGCACGAAGCCCUGGCCUCGGCCCGCCUGCACCAGCUGGUGUCCACCCUCACGGGCCUGCUCAGCCCGCACAACCCGACCCUGGCCUCCGGCGCCCUCGAUUCUAAACGCCCUGUUAACUUUUAUUGGUUGCGAGAUGAAGAAAUUAUUUCCAAAGGUCAUCGAAAAGGUCAUGUGGAUGCAUUGCGAUACCAAAUAAAUGAUACGCCACACAACCAGAUUCGAAUAACUAAGCAACUUCCAGAGUUUGUGCCGUUGGACUAUUCUGUUCCUGUGGAAAUCCCUGUGAUGAACUGUAAACCCGACAAACUUCCCUUAUUCAAACGACAAUAUGAAAACAGCAUAUUUAUUGGCACAAGAACAGCAGAUCCGUGCUGUUAUGGCCACACCCAGUUUCAUCUAUUACCCGACAAAUUAAACAGAGAAAGGCUUGUGAAGCGCAACUGUGCUGAUCAGAUAGAAGCUGUUUUUAGAGCCAAUGCUAUAGCAAGUCUUUUUGCUUGGACUGGGGCACAGGCUAUGUAUCAAGGCUUCUGGAGUGAAGCGGAUGUUACUCGACCUUUUGUCUCCCAGGGCGUGAUCACAGAUGGCAAAUAUUUUUCCUUUUUCUGCUACCAGUUAAAUACUUUGGCACUGACUGCACAAGCUGAUCAAAAUAACCCUCGUAAAAAUAUAUGCUGGGGAACACAAAGUAAGCCUCUCUAUGAAGCCAUUGAGGACGGAGAUGUGAAGGGUUUUAAUGAUGAAGUUUUGCUUCAGAUAGUUCACUUUCUGUUGAAUAGACCGAAAGAAGACAAAUCACAACAACUGGAAAAUUAAACGACAUUUGACUCAGGACUGUGGGGAUUUUUAAUUCUACUCGAGGGACAAUAAAAGGAAUUUUAAUGUUGCUA